AUGGAGGUAGCUGGGCAGACGUGCAUCAUGAAGGAUAAGGUUCGUGUGAACAGGAAAGCCCUUGAGGCUGUGCUCGAGCAAUGCCAGCUCGCCCUCCAACAGCUUGCUGCCGGUUAUGAUGUGGAUGAUGAUGAUGAUGAUGAUAAUGAUGAUGAUGAUGACGACAAUCAUGAAGUUGUUGCUCCCCAGGACACCAUCAAAACCUCUGCCCCUUUGAAUAGCCACGCUGAUCCAGUUGAGGAAAUAAUGAAUAAACUUAUCGUCUUUGGUGUGACUAAAGCAAUCAACAAUUGUGUUGCCUAUGAUGCAGAAGGGGAAAGUGAUUCCUGGGACAUAGUAGAUGAAAAUGACACCUGGGGACACUCUAAUGUGGAUUUAGAUGCACAUGACUACAUUUUGGUUCGACAAGAAGAUGUAAAGGAGGGUAUAGCAUCCUUCAUGGCUGCAUAUCUGUUGUCUCUUGAACAAGCUAAGGAUCUUACCCCAAACCAGCUUCAAGAAGCACUAAGCAAGACAUUCUCCACGAAAAAGAAAAAGGGCAAGCUUCGAAAGGCAUGGGAUGGAACCAAAGUAGUUUACAACGUGGCAUCCUGGGGCGCUACUGCCAUUGGCCUAUAUCAAAACCCUGUGCUUUCAAGUGCUGCCUCGGUGGCAUUCUGGACUUCAUCCCGAGCUUUCUCAAAGCUGUGGUGA